AGUUGGCACGUAUGCCGGAAGUACAUUAGUGUGAAGUGGAGUCAGGGUGCAGCAGAAGUUUUGACAGAUUCCUGCAGGCCUUUCUGCGAAUUUUACUGAUUUUACUUCACAUUCUACUUGCAGGUAGCCGUCAUGAGUCUUCAAUGGACUGCCGUGGCUACAUUUCUAUAUGCCGAGGUAUUUGCGAUACUACUACUAUGUGUCCCGUUCAUCUCCCCAAAACGAUGGAGCAAAAUUUUCAAGUCUCGCCUGGUCACUGUCAUUGCGACAUAUGGAAACACUGCCUUCAUCGUCAUCAUUUGUAUCCUUGUCUUUCUGCUCGUAGAUGCAUUUAGAGAAGUGAGAAAAUACAGUGUGGCAGAGAAAGUGGAUCUGAGCAACAACCCUGUGGCCAUCGAGCACAUUCACAUGAAGCUGUUCAGGGCCCAGAGGAACGAAUACAUCGCCGGCUUCGCUCUUCUCCUGUGUUUGCUGUUGAGACGUCUGGCCACACUGCUGUCUCAGCAGGCUACACUGAUGGCCUCUAAUGAAGCCUUUAAAAAGCAGGCGGAGGGAGCAAACGAUGCUGCGAAGAAGUACAUGGAGGAAAAUGAGAAACUGCAGGAGAAACUGCGGCAAGCGGGCGUUGAAGUGCCUGAGGUGGGUGGGAAGGCCAAGGGUGGUGUGGGGGAAGAUAAGAAAAACCUGACAGAAGAGGUCAGGAAACUGAAGGAUGAACUCGACGGAACUAAGAAAGCUCUUCAGAAGUCUGACAGUGAUGUGAAGGCCAUGAAGAAGCAGGCCGAGAACCUCACAACAGAGUACGACCGUCUGCUGGAGGAACACGCCAAACUGCAGGCCAAAUGUGAUGCUCAACAGGACAAGAAGUCGGACUGAACGAAGACCAUCAUGCACCUGCUCUCUUUCCUGCAUCCUCAUUGGCUGAUUGCAGCUCAGCUGGGCUACAUAACUCCUCUGGCUGUGUAAGAACAGGCUUCAGUUCGUCAUUAAUGUGCUUUCCAUGCGAUUCAUUAAAGUCUGCGCAGGGUUUUCAUUUUUAUUUUAUUUUUUCCGUUUUUGCUGUGAACUUUGAACUGGUGUUUAAUUUUCAUUUCCAAAGUUGUGGUUAUAAAAUGUCACUUUGGAAUUGAAUAUCUGCUGACAUGAAUAUUACAUUUAAUUUCUUGAUUUCACAGUUUGUAUGUCAGGUACAUUGAGCCUCAUCCAUGAAACGCAAGCAGGGGGAAUUUCUGUGGUUAAAUGUCUCUUACGGAAAUUGUGUUUUACAUGAUUUUUUUUUUCUCCAGCUUGUGAUUCAUAAAUGAGGCCCUUUGUUUCCAGAAAAGGACCAAGAAACACUACUGGAUAUUCUAGAGAUGUUUUCAAUCUGAUAAGUUGUGGGGUUCAAGCGUUUAGAUGAACUGUUUUUUUCUUGCCAUAUGGGGGAAAGCUUCGAUCUUUCCUUUGAAUAUGGAGAUUUGGUUUCAGUACAGAUGCAUGUCUUGGUUAAUUUUAGGUCUUUGAUUUAUAGGUGUUUGUACCCAACACUUUACACCCAAUAUGCACUUAAGAAAGAAAAUCCUUCCAGUUUACGAUCCACCAGUUAUAGGAAGAUAUAUUUGUUAGGUUUUUUUUGUCCUGGGUGUGGGAUAGCUCCUUUUUUUUCUGGGCUAUUGUCGAACAGAACGAGUAAACUGCUUCUCUCCAGUCGUGUCUGGUUUGAGGCCACUGAGUCGGUAUAAUCUGAUAUGAGCCUGGCAGGGCUGAUAUAGUGGGUAAGAAUGCCACUUUGGCAGGAACAGUAAAGCAUCCACAGCUGAUAUUGUGUUUCAAAACAUGGCGCGCUCUAUCUCUGGUCUUCUAGGUAUUAUUGACAUUGACAUGAUAUUAAUGUCACAUUUGAGGGCCACGUUGUAGUUUUGCAGGUAACGUUUGGCAUCGCUAAAGGUCACCGUGUUCGCUCUGGUUGUCUUGUGGUUCAAACGUCCUGGGUUUCUUCGGGUCUUGCUCGGCAUGUGCAAGCAAAUAUCUUUGCAAUCUGAGACCUGAAAAAGGAAUCAAUCGGAAUGACAUCAUAGCCGUGUUAAAAUAGGGGUCUGUGGCAACAACAUUAGUCCGUUUUUGGGCUCCCAGAGGAAAGGGCGUCGGGUUUACUGGCAAAGUGUCGGAUAAUUCAUAGUCAAGACCUCCUGGACUGUUACCAGUCAUAAGAACAUGAGGAACGCCAUCUGCUACCAUGGCACUCGUUUACUAUUUCAUUUGUUCAACGAUCGGUUAGAUUAGUGAAAAGUUAACCAGAGCCCCAGUUGAGUGAAAAUGUCAAGCGUACACCUGGAGAUCGAGCGUUUGGACACGCAUGCUUUGGCUGUCAUGUCAUUUUCAAAACCGUAAAUAAACGAAUGAACCGAUACUGUUAAAUGUGCUCUUUCUUUAUAUGCAUUCCUAAUUGUAGCUUCUUUCUUAUAUCAUAUUUUUAACUGUGAUUUGCAAACAAAACAUGCACUGUUGUGUUGGUAAUGACAGAAUCAAUACUCGCCCUUCAUGGAACAUGUUGCGGAGUGCGAUAUCUGCCUUGAAUAUCUUCAGGAAAGUUUCAUCGUGUCAAUCUGCAUCACUUCACUAUGAAAUUUGUGUAUUUAUGUGUUCUGGUGAUGUGCUGUAGUUCAACCAAACUAAAUAAAUUCUACUUCAUUCAACUUGA